GCAUGUCGGCAUUGGCACUAGAGCGUCGUUGCAUACCCAUGGUUGAUCAUGACACGUUGAUGGCAAGGGCAAGAUCGCAGCACUCCUUGGCUGGUCGGAAUAACCUCUAUCAAUGAAUAUCCUGUUGAAAACAGUGCAUCAAAUCAGGCCACGGAAACGAUAAAAAGAUCGCGGACCAUGAGCAGCGCGACCUUGGUGAGCCUUGACGCCCGCUCGGUCGAAGCCCUCCCCUUACUGAGCGCCUUCUCCUUGGAGAAGCUGCCGCUGCUCGCACAGCGCCUCCUCCGCGCUCCUGCCGCCACAGCCUUCACCAAGGACGAAGAGCACCAGCUCGCUGAGAUUGGCGGCAUGACGCACGAUCAAGUCGGCGCAUUCUUGGCCCUGUUGCAGUCGCUCUUCCAAGCCGCGGGACGGCGUCGGCUGGCCCCGUCUGUGUUUGCGCAAGAGCUGCAGCGCCUCUCGAUUGCCUCGACAACAAGCGACGUCCUUGCCAACGUUUGGUCCCAUGAGCAAGCAGCGUACGAAGCAACGCUGAUUGAAGCGAGCUCGCACCAUGCCCCGACGCUGAUCGAGGCACAGUGGCGGCUGCAUGUGACCAUGGCCGACUCGGCGUCCAAAGGCAUGGCAACGCCGAGCGCGCUCUUCCACAUGCAAGAGAGCAACGGCGUCGCAUGGGACAUGGAAAUGGACCAUACCGAGCUCCAUGCGUUCCUCGUCCAGCUCGAUGCGAUCCAAGCCCAACUGGAUGCGCUCGCAGCCGCGCCGUAGCACUUCUAUAUUGUCUCUUCUUAUACGAGAAUGAUAUCAUCGUGCGCGCGCAGCUUCUGACGCGUAUGCUUCCUCUCAAA